UGUAAUUGUUUUUUAAUCUUCGGUCACGCGAGAGAUUCAUACGAAUCCCAAACGAUUCGGAGCGGAUCGAUUGUUCCGUCAGUGUAGAAGGGACAUGGAGGCUACUGAUCCGAUCUGGAAAGAGCCAGAACUCGAGCUCUACACCGUUCCUGCUCAAUCAAGUUGGUUCUCAUGGGAUGAUAUACAUGAAAUAGAGAGACGUGCAUUUGAGGAGUUCUUCAGUGGGAGCUCGAUCACUAGAACUCCCAAAAUAUACAAGGAAUAUAGAGAUUUCAUCAUCAACAAGUACAGGGAGGACCCUUCAAGGAAGCUCACGUUUACAGCCGUUCGGAAGUAUCUGGUGGGCGAUGUCAAUUUGCUACAGAAGGUGUUUCUCUUCCUAAAAAAAUGGGGACUGAUCAAUUUUGAUGCGUCGAAGAGCAGUGACGACACAUUGGUGGAGAUUGAGGAGAAGCAAAAGGUUAAAAUUGAGGAAGGAACUCCUGCUGGGGUUCGUGUCACUGCAACCCCAACUUCGCUAAGGCCUAUUACCUCACCUCCCUACACUGUGGAUGUGAAUGAGCAAAGGCCCGACACUGGCAGUAAGUUGCCGCCUUUGACGUCUUAUUCAGUUGUCUUCAACGAUUUGAGGAAGCCAUAUGUGUUGGUUUGUGGGAGUUGUGGAGAGCGAAGUGAUUCUGCUCACUAUGAACACGUCAAGAGUAGUAUCAGCAUCUGUGAAAAGUGUUUCAAGAGUGGAAAGUACGGGGAGAACAACUCUGAAGAUGAUUUCAAGUUAAUGGACUCAGUCGGGGACAAGAACCCUGCUGGAGCUGUGUGGACAGAGGAAGAGACACUUCUCCUGCUAGAGUCAAUGCUGAAACACGGGGACGAUUGGGAACUCGUUGCGCAAAGUGUUCCUACAAAGAGUAAACUAGAUUGCAUAUCUAAGCUCAUUGAGCUCCCCUUUGGAAAUGUUCUAAUGGGUUCAGCAUCCGGAAGAGAUAACUCGUCUAUCUCCCCCCGUAGCAUCAAUGACCCCAAAGGACGGCAGUUUUCUCCUUCUCGUCCCUCUGAACAAAUGAAAUCCGAAGGUCAAGACCACGAGCAGACCAAUGAGAGGGAAGAAAAGGGAGAUACUGUAGAUGAAGAAGAGCCGCCAGCAAAACGGAAACGUGUUGCUUCACCCCUAGAUGCUACUGGUAAUUCACUUAUGAAACAGGUUACGACAAUGGGAACUAGUGUUGGCCCAGCUGCCACAAAAGCUGCAAUUGCAGCACUUUGUGAUGAAGCCUCUUGUCCGAGGGAGAUGUUAACAGACAGUGGUGAUUGCGAGGAUCUUACGGUUAAAAGUCAUCAGUCGUUGAUCCCAGAAAGAGCUGAUGGAGACAAAGAUACCGAGAAAGAGGAACAGCGAACAGACUAUGAAGAACCUCAAGAAGCAUCGUCAAUGGAGGAUUUACCUUUAGCUCUACGGAUAAGAACAUCUGCGGCAGCAGCUCUGGGAGCAGCAGCCGCUCAUGCGAAGAUACUGGCUGAUCAAGAAGAACGAGAGAUGGAGCUUUUAGCUGCCACUGUGAUCGAUGAACAGCUGAAGAAACUGCAGAGCAAAAUGAAGUUUUUGGACCAUUUGGAACUGUUAAUGGAUAUGGAAGAGAGAGAGAUAGAGGCUCAGAAGGAGAGACUUCUGGAUGAUAGAAUGGGCGUUUUGCAAAGCGCGUUUCGUGCCGGUCUAACCAAACGCUGGGAUCAUACCUACUUGAAAUGAUAUUCUAUUUUGUGUUGUUGGUCAUGCGAUUUGAACCAUCCAUAUGAGUUAUGUUUUUCAUUAUCCAAUUUUUCACAUGGGAUUUUCUGUAUGUUAUGUAUCCCACAAGUAUUACGCACAUUUAUUACAACGUACUUGUAAUGUAUGUUUGUGUCCAAGUGUUGACCUUUUUA